ACAGUAAAGUUGUUGGGAACAGCUGCCACCCCCCUCCAUUAAAGCUCAUCACCCCCCCAGCGACAGCAGAGCAGAUAACGGCGGGCGGACUCAUGCCGGCGUGAGCCAAGCGACCCCGCUGUGGCCCAUGCGCUGUGCCCCUUUCUCUCCCCGUCCUCCCCCCAGCGAUGGUGUCCGGCACGGAGACGGUGCACUACAUCCACCUGCACAACUCCAGCCAGUCCGUGCUGGAGGCCCUGCGCACGCAGCGCCGCGAGGGCCUCUUCUGCGAUGUGACGGUGCGGAUCCACGACGCCUCGCUGCGCGCCCACGCCUGCGUGCUGGCCGCCGGGAGCCCCUUCUUCCAGGACAAGCUGCUGCUGGGCCACUCGGAGAUAUCCGUGCCGCCUCUGGUGCCGGCGGAGACGGUGAAGCAGCUGGUGGACUUCAUGUACAGCGGCUCGCUGGUGGUGCUGCAGUCGCAGGCCCUCUGCAUCCUCACCGCCGCCAGCAUCCUGCAGAUCAAGACCGUCAUCGACGAGUGCACGCAGAUCAUCUCCCAGAGGAAGGCGGCGGCGGGGGCCAGUGCGGCAGCUGCGGCCGCCGCGGCAGCUGCAGCGGCGGGAGGGGGGAUGCUCGGGGGCGUCCUCCCGAAACAAGAGGAGCGCGGCGUAGGCAAAGGCAGGGAGAGCGGCGGCAGUGGGAGCUGCUCUGUCAGCAGCGCGGGCGGGGGUGGAGGCUUCGCCAACUUCUCCAACUUCAUAGCCGAAUGUGGAGCUAGCAACAUGGGUGGGGGGUUGGGUGGCGCCGGCGUCGGCGACGGGGGACCGAUGGAGCAGAACAACUCCGUGAACCUGAUGCCUCUGGGCGACAUGGGCCCCGGCGCCAUGUGUGGCGGCGGCGACAGCACCAUGGGAGGGGCGGCGGGCCCCAUCCUCAUGAAGCAGAGCUCCAGCUGCACACAGGACGUCCGGUACAAGCUGCGGGACCUGCUGGCGCAGACGGCCAACGGGGCCGGCGCCAGCAGCACGGGGAACCUGUCGACGGGCUGCAGCUCCGGCGUGGGCAGCGUGGACAGCAUCGGCAGGGACAGCCUCCGCGGUAACGCCACUGACCUCUCCGACGACCUGGUGGGCAUAGACAGGUACAGCGAGGAGGAGGACCUGGACGGCAGAGAGCGGGGAAGAGAUGUAGACAGAGACAGGGGGGCGAGCCACAGCCGCAAGCAGAGGCAGCCGCUAAGACUCCAGGUGCUGGGCGGAGAGGGAGUGGUGGUGAAGGACGAGGGGGUGCAGGAUGCCGCCGGGACCGUCUAUUCCCUGGAGGAUGGGAGACGCGAUCAGGGGCAGGAGAGCACCCAGGAGUCCAUGGCGGGCUUCGGGCAGGAUUUCUACGAUGAGCAGGGCGUGUUUUCUGAGAGCUUCUGGCCGCAGAGCGAGCCUCAUCAGGCGAUGGCCUAUAACCCCAGAGGACGCAUCAACAAGCCACUGACUCCGCCUCCAACCUCACAGUCUAUCAACAAUCAGCUGCUGUUCCAGUACCCGGUCAGCCAGUCACAGCCAGCUCCCUUCUAUGUGGGGGGGCCUCUAGGAGGGAUUGACAACAUGGCGGUAACCGAGCCCAAUCAGCAAGCCCCGCCUCCAGCGCCGAUGACCCCCGCCCCGCCUCCCUCCACCUCCUCCUGCUCCGCAGGGCCGUCUCCUUCUUCCCAGGGAUCCGAGACCUCGUUCGACUGCACGCACUGUGGCAAAUCCUUACGGUCCAGGAAGAACUACAGCAAGCACAUGUUCAUCCACUCUGGUCAGAAACCUCACCAGUGCUCCAUCUGCUGGCGCUCCUUCUCCCUGCGGGACUACCUCCUCAAGCACAUGGUGGUGCACACUGGCGUCAGGGCCUUCCAGUGCACCAUGUGCGGUAAGCGGUUCACUCAGAAAAGCUCACUCAACGUGCACAUGCGCACCCACCGUGCUGAGCGCACCUUCCAGUGCAACGUGUGCCACCGGGCCUUCACCCACCGCACCCUGCUGGAGCGCCACGCCCUGCAGCACGCCCACCACGGCCCCCAGACCCCGGGCCGCGGCGCCGACAUGACCUCACCUACCAAGCACAGCCCUCCGGCUAUGGGGGGGCCCUCAGGUAUGGCUGGCGCGGCCGGCAUGGUUGGCGGCAUGGCCAGCAUGCCCAGCCACGGAGCUUCCUCCACUUAACCACAAACGGAACCAGGAGGAAGUUCUCACAAGCUCAUUCCUUGAACCGACGCUUACUUGGUCCUAACAGCCUUGUUGAUCUGUUUCUUUGUUUGUUUGUUUUUCUGGUGAUCAGAACGUUUACAGGCCUCAAUGUUUAAGCUUGACGCCGUUUUCAGUCAGGGUUCCUGCACAGGCCUGGGAGGGCUUUUGAUGUUCACUUUUACAAGUUUUUUCAAAAUCGUGAUUUAAAAAAAAAAAAACAAAAAAAAAGUGGGAUUAAAAAAAAAAGUUAA